CCCCUGGCCGGGGUCCCUAUUGAGCCGCCGACGCGCCGGCUUCGAGCAUCCCUGGCGCGGCGGCGAGGGCCCCCGGGGCUGCGGCUCCGGCGGCCGUGGCACAGCCCGCCUGUGACAUGGCCAGCUCCGGAGAGGUUUGAUACAUCGUAGUUCCUGGGCCAGACACAUUUCAACCACAUUGUCAAAAUGGAAUCCAUGCACUCUGGGAGGCUGAGGCGGGAGGACAGCUUGAGCCCAGGAGUUUGAGACCAGCCUGGGGAACAUAACAAGAUCCUUGUCUUAAAACAGCAACAACAAAAAAUCCCUGUUAGGAGCCGUUGCAGAGGGGAGGCGGAAGAGCCAGUGCUGUCCAGACAAGUCCCCGAACUUCUGACCUUGGUGGCAGACACGCUUCCUGACCUGGCAGUGUCACUGGCGUCCAUCGUGGCUUCCCCUGUAGGAGGAUGGAGGACGCUGCUUUGUCCCCGGAACAGGACAUGACCAGUACUGACACCACGGCCCCAUACACCUCGGCCCCGGCCGCCCAGGCUGAGGAGGCAGGCGGCGCCCACCUGCUGGGCUUCUCCGACGAGAUCCUGCUGCACAUCCUGAGCCACGUGCCCAGCACGGACCUAGUAGUGAACGUGCGGCGUGUGUGCCGGAAGCUCGCAGCCCUGAGCCUGGACAAGAGCCUGGUGCACAGCGUACUGCUGCAGAAGGACUAUCAGGCAAGCGAGGACAAGGUGAAGCAGCUGGUGAAGGUGAUCGGCCGGGAGAUCCAGCAGCUGAGCAUGGCCGGCUGCUACUGGCUGUCGGGCAGCACCAUCGAGCACGUGGCCCGCUGCCGCGGGCUGGUCAAGGUGAACCUGUCCGGCUGCCACCUGACCUCCCUGCGCCUCUCCAAGGUGCUCUCGGCCCUGCAGCAGCUGCGCUCGCUGGCCAUCGACGUGAGCCCCGGCUUUGAUGCCAGCCAGCUGAGCAGCGAAUGCCGGGCCACGCUGAGCCGUGUGCGGGAGCUCAAGCAGACACUGUUCACACCCUCCUACGGCGUGGUGCCCUGCUGCGCCAGCUUGCAGAAGCUGCUGCUGUACUUUGAGAUCCUGGACCGCACGCGGGAGGGCGCCGUGCUCUCGGGCCAGCUCAUGGUGGGCCAGAGCAAUGUGCCUCACUACCAGAACCUACGCAUCUUCUACGCGCGCCUGGCACCUGGCUACAUCAACCAGGAGGUGGUGCGGCUGUACCUGGCCGUGCUCAGCGACCGUACACCCGAGAACCUGCACGCCUUCCUCAUCUCUGUCCCCGGCAGCUUCGCCGAGAGCGGGGCCACCAAGAACCUCCUGGAGUCCAUGGCCCGCAACGUGGCCCUGGAUGCCCUGCAGCUGCCCAAGUCCUGGCUGAACGGCUCGUCCCUGCUGCAGCACAUGAAAUUCAACAACCCAUUCUACUUCAGCUUCAGCCGCUGCACGCUGUCCGGCGGCCACCUGAUCCAGCGCGUCAUCAACGGCGGGAAGGACCUGCGGAGCCUGGCCAGCCUGAACCUCAGUGGCUGCGUGCACUGCCUGUCGCCGGACUCCCUGCUCCGCAAGGCCGAGGAUGACAUUGACAGCAGCAUCCUGGAGACGCUGGUGGCCUCCUGCUGCAACCUGCGCCACCUCAACCUCUCGGCCGCGCACCACCACAGCGCCGAGGGCCUGGGCAGGCACCUGUGCCACCUCCUGGCUCGCCUCCGCCACCUGCGCUCACUGUCCCUGCCUGUCUGUGCCGUGGCCGACUCUGCGCCUCGAGCUGACCGAGCGCCAGCCCAGCCUGCCAUGCACGCAGUGCCACGCGGCUUUGGCAAGAAGGUGCGCAUUGGUGUGCAGACCUGCCCCGGCCCCUUCGCGGGCCACCAGCCCUCCUCUGCAUUCUGGUCCCUGCUAAAGAACCUGCCCUUUCUGGAGCACCUUGAGCUGAUUGGCUCCAACUUCUCCUCAGCCAUGCCGCGCAACGAGCCUGCUAUCCGCAACUCCCUCCCGCCCUGCAGCCGGGCACAGAAUGUUGGGGACUCUGAGGUGGCCGCCAUUGGCCAGCUGGCCUUCCUGCGGCACCUGACACUGGCCCAGCUGCCCGGCAUCCUGACUGGUUCAGGGCUGGUGAGCAUCGGCCUGCAGUGCCAGCAGCUGCAGUCCCUAUCCUUGGCCAACCUGGGCAUGAUGGGGAACGUGAUCUACAUGCCUGCCCUCUCUGACAUGCUGAAGCACUGUAGGCGGCUAAAGGACCUCAGGCUGGAGCAGCCCUACUUCAACGCCAACGCCCAGUUCUUCCAGGCGCUGAGCCAGUGCACCUCGCUGCAGCGCCUGUGCCUGGUGUCCCGUGGCGGCACCCUGCAGCCCGACGCGGUCCUGGCCUUCAUGGCCCGCGGCCUGCACGUGGCGGUGUGCCACAUGUUCACCGGCGAGUCGCUGGCCACCUGCAAGAGUCUGCAGCAGUCCCUCCUCCGCAGGUUCCAGGCUGAGAGGCCCGCCCUGAACGUUGUCAUCUUCCCCCUGCUCCACGAGGACCUGACGGAUGUGAUCCGGGACGUCCCCAUGGUGCAUCUGGAUGAGAUCACCUUGUUUAAAAGCAGAGUGGCCGAGGAGCCCCCAAACCUGUGGUGGUGAGAGGGCCGCCUCCCUCUGCUGCUCACUGCCGCCGCCGCCCCGCAGAGCCUGCAGCCGUGGGGCCUGUGGCUCGUCACGGAGAGAGGGAGCAGCUCCCGGCCGCCCUGCGCCCCGUCCUGGGCCGUGUCUCCUCUCACUUCCCUUCCCAAGGACUCAUCGUCGCUGAAGUCUGGGCUGAGGGUUUGCGCUCUGGGUGACGGGGAGGGCUGGGGGGGAAACGUGGGAGCAGCAGUCGGGCCAGGUGGGCUGUGGAUACUGUCUGCCCCCAGCCGCGUCCCCGUUGGCCGAGGAGCACCCCCUGCGCUGUGCUGUGGUCAGCUGGUGUUGGGCUCUGUGGGCUGGAGGGGGCGGGCGGGCUUUCUCUUCCGAGACCGCCACGCUGAUGUCUCAAGUUUUGCAGCUGCAGAAGUGAGGCGCCCUGUCCCACUGAGACGCAUCUUAGGGCCGGGGCGUGGCCGGUGGUGGAGCACUUGGCCAGCAGGUGCAAGGCACGUGGGUCAAGCCCUGGCACCACCAAAAAAAAAGACACAUUUUAACCCAAUUACGUCUCUGAGAUGUUUCCGGCUGGAUGAAGUCUGUGGCCCAGGAGGGAUCCUGGAGCAGGGACCCCUGGGCAGGGCCCUCAGGUCCCAGCCUGCUUUUUCCCCAGGCCACCUGGCCCCUACACGAGCCGUGGCAUUUGACUUUAGAAAGCCCAGGUCCCUGUGAAGGUCACUGUGUGCGUCCGAGGAAACGGACGCACGCUGGCCCUGUUAGAAUAACUGGAAACAUUAAACCCAGAACAGUGUGUAAGCCUUGGCAGUGAUCAGGCCACCCUGUGUCAGGGAAUUUUAUUUAGGAUUUAGGAAAAACUCAGCAAAGCUGCUCUAAAGCCGAGGAGGGACGCGCUCCCAUCCAAGGUUGCCCUGUGCCCCGCGGCUGUCUCUGCCUCGUACUCGCAAGACUGUCCCCCUCUGAGGGGGCUGUGACUGGCCCUGUCCUCCUGGACCCCCGCCCCGGUGCCUCCCCAGCAUCCCAGGCGAUAGGGGUACAGAGCCCACCAGGCCUUGCCCCCUGCCCUCCUCCUCCUGUGUUUCCAUGGUAACCAGUCCCCCCAGUCUUGGUGGUGUCCUGUGCAUCUGUCUGCUGGUGUUGGUCCCUGCCCUGCACUGGGUGUUCAGGGCUAGCAGUGCCUGUCAGCGCUGCCCCUUGGGGCCCUCGGAGGGUUUCGGAUGGGCCUGGGGCCAGAGCAAGGGGACACAGUCCUCUGCCCGCCUUGACCCUGGUCCCAUUAAGUUGUGCAGGUCUGGCCCCUUGUCGCUCUUCCCUGUGUCCAUCCCUGCCCUACCGGGAGGGGGUCCCCAUGCUGCAGCCAGUGGAGGGACCUGCUGCAGACUGACCCCUGGGGAUGUGGCGUGACACGUCCUCCAGAGCCGCAGACGGGUCCCAUCCUUCCCCACAGUGCAGGCCAGGACAGACUGCCUGGGCUGGGCCAGCGUCCCACACAGCUGUUGAUGAGGCCCUGGUGGGUGGCAGGAACCCCUGCUCCCGUUUCUUUAGAGCGUUAAAUUGGCACCUGCAUUGGCUACUGUGUGAUUAGGGUGAUCAGGCAGGUGCAAGGGGUCUCCAGGGCCAGCCCCUUGUCCUGAGUGAGGAGGGGACAGGCUGGGCAGUGUGGCCCAGGAGCGAGGCCCCUGAGGCUCUGGGUGCCCUGGCUUUGUACCCUCUCCUUCCCUCCCCAGCAGCCCCCACCCGGCAGGGAAUUGUCUUCCCACUGGGAAUUUACAUCCAAAGGCUGAAACUGUUUUUGUGAUGUGGCUCGCAAGCCUGUUGUCAUGAGCAAGCGGUUUUACGCCGCAGUGUAAUUUAUGCUCAUAAACGGCUGGGGGAGGGGACCGUGCGCCGGAGGCCAGGAGCACAGACACCUUGGGAGCCCCCCCAAACAGUAGACCUUAUACUUUCACUGUCCCCUGCAACAGUCCUUUGACUUAGAGGGAGAAUUUCCACUCCUUCUACACCCGAGACACAAUUCAGCAGAUGUUAAUAACGUGCUUAUUUUCGCUAAGUGCUAUUUUGGCACUGGUGUUAAUUGCGAUUUAUAUUCUGCAGCGUUUUACGCUGGGAAAGGAACCCACCCUAAUGGUCCCCAAUUGGCAGGACUGGGCUCUUAAGUGGCAGACCAUAUGCUGCCUGCUGGAAGGAGCGCGGUCAGCAUGUGUGCUGCAGCCUGCGUGUGCACGCCUGCGUGUGCAUGUGUGGUCGUGUGCCGGGCUGUGUGUGUGUCUGUGUAUGUAUGUGUGCACGCACACGUGUGUGGCUCUGUGCAGGGGUGUGUGCGCCCAUCUGUCGGCCCGUACAUGCCAGCAUGAGCGCACGUGCAUGUGUGCACAUCGCCCGCGUGUGCGGUCUGCAGCACAUGAAAUCUGCAUCUGCUGAGCGUGUGCGAGUGUGUAAGAGACGAGUGGGAGGAGAUUAGCAGGCUCAUCUUUUGUUCCUUUUUUCUCUUCUUGGCAUUGGGAAUUGAACUCAGGACCUCGUGCUUGCCAGGCAGGCGCUGUGCCACUGAGCUGUGUCCCGGCCCUGUCCUUUGUUCUUAUAAAGAGAAAUCCGAUCCCCUGUGGCUGCCACCUGCACCCCUCAUCCCAGGCCUGCUUCUCUUGUCUCCUCUGGGGCCAUGGCAGGUGCAGUGCCCAGGGGUGCUGGGCCCUGAGUCCCCGCGGCCUCCUCUGCGGGCCACACUGGGCCCCUGGCCUCCUGCAGUGAAGGCACCUGAGGGAGGACGGCAGAGGAAAGGUGCGUUUCUGGGCCCCGGCCCCCUGUCACGUGAGGUAGCCGGCCCCAUUCUCAUACUGUCAUACCGGACAGGCCCGAGGGGCCAGGCAGGGCCUCGGAGCCAGCAUGGCCCGUAGUCUAGGCGCUAGACCCUGCCGGUGCCCGUCCCCUCAGCGUCGGUCAGCUCUCGGCCACUCCCUGCCCGGGACCCGGCGUGCAGAGCGGAGGCGCACAUGGCAGGCAGGCCUGGGCCCAGAGCAGCAGGGCUGUGGGGGCUGGGGGCUCCAGGACUGCACCCCAGCCAGGGCCCUUGAGGGAUAUUCUGUGGGAAGGAAAAAGGGCACUCGUGUCCCCUCAGAGCAGGGCUGUUCCCCCACUUCCCUUGCCCGCCCGUGAUCAGCCCCUUCUGGGACCGAGAGACUGCAGUUUCUGUACAGGGAAGUGAGUUGGGGCCGGAUGGUGGUGGCGUGGGUUCCAGCCAUGAGACCUAGGGGGAGGCGUGGCCACCUUCUGCAAAGGCGACAGGACUGUCGCUGCCUACCCUUCCCAGUGGCCGCGGCCUCAGCUCCGGGGCCCACUCUGACUGGCCUCUUGUACGUUUGGAGUUCAAGAUUCCAGAGGAAGCUUCUAGGGCAUACUGGGCACAGUAAACCAAGCUGCCAGCCGUAGGUCCUACACAAGUGACCAACAUCAUCAACCCCAGGACCUGGUAGGGCAGGUCAGGCGCUCUAUCUUGCAUUAAAGCACAGGGUCGCUGCCUUGCAAGAUGUGCCUGAGCCGGGGGUGGGGGUGAGGCAAGAGCCUGACUCCCCGCUGUGCCAGUGGAGUGUCCAGAGCCAGUGUCCAAGGGCGGCAUGCCCCAGGGUGUGUGCUGUGUAAGCGAGUGCGUGUGUGCCCAUGUGCAUGUGCAGACAGUGCGCAGCUGGCCACAGCAUCUUCCCCAGCCCGUGCCACCCCAGACCGUAAUCGUCAUGUGUGUCUUUGCCCAGAACCGGUGGAGCUCGGCGAGGCUUUUUGCGGGGUGGAGCCAAAGCCUUCCCCGGCCCAGGGCUCUCCCGUACCAUGUGACAAGGUGCUAAAUGACCAUCCCCUGCCUUUUGGUGACCAACUGCCCCAUCCCUGCCCAGCGAGGCAUCUCAUGGUGACACACGCUCCCGACUGUGGUGUUUGCUCUGACACCAUCCUGGGUGGGUGAUUUCAUGUGAACUUGUGGCAUGUGGGAAGUUUCAAAUAAAAUGGAUUGAUUUAGAAA